GCUUGCUACAAACUUUUUGUUUCUUAGAGAAAAGAUUAAUUCAGUUAGAGUCUGCCGCGAACAAGAGAGAGUUAAAGAAAGAAAAGGGAAGAUGGAGAGGAGCUGGAGAGGAGGAAAACGGAGAAGAUAAGCCUCUUUUCUUUUUUGUUUUUUCAUCAAAAACUGCUUAUAAUAUAAAAAGAUUACAUGCAGAUACCAAAACCCAAAUAGAAUUCAAUCAUACAAGUUUAAGCUCAAAUUCGUUGGACUAUAUUCUUCAUCGUUCUUAUUAUAUAUAUGUUUGCGAAUCGUAUCUUGAUUUCUUUACCGUAUAUAUCUGGUUUCUCUACCAUGUUCUGUUUAAAUCUGGUCGGUUUAGACAUAAAGUGAAGCAAAAUUAAAAUAUCAUAGAAUUUCGGGUCAAAAUUGCUUCCCGAGUCAAACUAAUUUGGCCCAGCUCUUAAAUAUUAGUGUGUAGUAGAGCUAUCUUAUGACACAAUCCGACUAUCAACCAAGGAAGCCUAAUAUAAAACUUGAUUGGUGGGGAGGGAAAUCUGGGUGACCGGUGGUUCCCGGGGGCAUGAUGAGCUGCCAUGGGGCCAAAAGGUUUCGAUAGAAACCCUAAUGGGAGACAAAUAGGUUUUCUGAAAGCUGCUCUGUCCUCAUUUUGAGGAGGGUGAUCAAAAGUAACCCUGAUAAUUAAUGAAUAAAGCAGUGAAUUGCUAGUCAAUAGACUUGCAGAUUUAUUUCAUCGAGAGAGGUGGUCCACAGAGAGCCUUUGCUUCCACCAACACCGAGAAAGCCUUUGCCGAUCCCAUCAUAGCAUGGCCUGGUUAAAGCUCGAACAUGACAAUAAGCUAUUGGUGCUUGUGUUGCUUGACCAUCCACUCUUUCUCUCCGUAUCUAGUAAAGUUAUUCUUCCUUGCUUUACAUGCAAGAGUAUAUUUGGGAAGCUGUGUUCCUUGAAGAAAACCAAAAGCAAGACCGAAGGGAAAAACCCUUUGAACUAAACAAGCUUAGGGAUCUACUUAUUUUCAAGUUAACCUAUAUAAAUCCCACAUUAUGAUGAUAAUAAUAAUAAUGAUCAAAACUAAGGGGAGAGCUCUAUAUUUCCUAGCAUGAACACGCCGUUGAAAACCAUUGUGUGUGUUAAAUUCAUGCAUUUUGCAUCAAAGUUAGCCUUUGAAUUGUGUUAUCCCAAUCAUUUAACACACAUGUCUAAGAAACAUCCCACACUAACAAAAUUAUUAGAACAACACCAUGUAUCUAAGUUAAUUUAAGAUUGAGUUGGCAUGUAACCAACUCAUGAUUUUGUCCACCAAGCUAAUAAAUUAUCAAAAUCUUCUUUUAUUUGAUGGAAAAUCUUAUAAAGCACGGGAAUAAUUAAUGGUAUCUUUUUAAUUUUUUUAUUAAACUUUUUUUUAAGAAAGAAAUAGAUACACGAAGGGAAGAGAAAACCAAAUCCAUAAUCCACAAAAAAAAAUGAUAAAAAUACCUUCUCAUAUGUUUUCUCUCUCUUUUUUUAUAUGUCUACCCUUUUUUAAUAUAAUGCUAUUAAUUACUCUUAAUGGAUGCAUAGCACGUUCCCAUCUCUUUCUCGUUAUUUUUUAUAUGAUAUACAAUUCCACGUUAUAUAUUAUGAGUACCUUUGGGAUAUAAGUACAACCUCACACAAGACUCCCACAAGCACUGCUAUGGAAGAAAACCACCACCAAAAGACUAGCUCUAGAGAAUACAUCUUCUCGUUUCCUAGCACUCCAGGUACUCUAGAUCAAGAUUCUGAUUUCGAAUUCGGUUGUUUAACGCCGGAUUCUCCCUCUUGUGAUCCAAACAAGAACUCACCAGCUGAUCAUCUUUUUUUCAAUGGCCGCCUGCUGCCUCAUUCUUUUCCUGUACUUCGAAAACAACAACCAACAACUAUGCUACUUAUUGAUAACAUAUAUCGUGCAACUAGCAGAGCAAGCAGUGUCAGCUGCAAGGAUUCCCUCAUGUCAUCAAGAAGUAAUAGUACUAAUAGUAGUAGAAGCAGUGUUAGCAGCGCAAGAACAAGCUCAAGUGACAACUCCGAGAGGAGAAGAUUGUAUAAUAAUAUUACUAGUACCAAAACACCCUUGGCUAGUAAAGUUAUUAUGGCACAAUUAUACGGAUCUUCUCAAAGGUGGCAACAUAUCAUGCCUGUGCCAACUGCAGUUCUGAAACGUGAGGAUUCAAGAAGGAAAAGUGGUGGGAUUUUGAUUAAAGAAGGGUUGAUCAGCAACAAGAAACAAGUCAAGAAAGGGAAAAGAGAGAGGUCUGGGCUCUGGAGGAGAUUUUUCAUGUCAUUUUUGGUGGCGUGUAGAGAAUGCCAUGCCAUGGAACCAUCCACAAGGGAUGAUAUGUUGCAAGAGAACAUCAAGUUAUGAUUAAUACGAAUAUGGGGCUUCUUUUUUCUUAUGGGGAUACUGAUUUUGCACAUGAUUUGAUUCGCACUUUUGAGUAAAUUUCCUGUUACCUGUAGUGUAUGUGAUCAUACUGCAAAAUCCCGCCCUCUCUCAAAGAGAGUGCAUUCCAGAUCGUAGCCAGGAAAACAUUAUUAUUGGUUUGUCCAAUGAUCUAUCUGUUUGUUAAUUUGCAAAUGAUCAUUGCAAUUAAUUGCUCGAGUCUUCGUAAGGGAUUGCGACCAUCUCAACUGCUGUAACAGCUGACAAUUUGUGGGGAGGAGACUGAUAGGAGUGUUAUUUGUAUAAUCAAAAGCAUGAUUCAAUCAUUGUAAGCAUCUUAAAGCAUGUGGUGAGGUGUUUUGUACAUUAUAUUUGAGUGCAUUAAUCAUUAUUAAGUGCUGGUUUCUGUUCA